GCAUAGACGGAGCGUUUAGUGUUGAAUUAGUUGACAAACUGUACACAUCUACUCUUUCAUUCGUUUAUAAAUUGCGUGACUCAAUAGCAACCAGUGGCCAUCACAAUGAAUUCAAAAACAGUGUUGAUCGUCGGUUGUUUCGUUUUAUUGUUGAGCGAUCAAGUUAUUGGUACAGAUGAAAAUUUACCAAAAUUAUACGAAGAAAUCGGUUGCACAAAAAUUAACAACUCUAAUCCAACAAGUUUUGAGUGUCCAGAUCUUACGACCUAUUCAACGGAUAAGUGCUAUUUAAAGGGAAAAACGUUUAAUGUAAAUGACGACAUUGAUGAAAGUGUUGUGCCUAAUUGUAGAGCGGCUUGCAAAUGUGUUCAAAAUGGUAAUGAAACUGCUUACAUUAAUUGCGCCAAUGUUGAAUGCCCAGAAGAUUUGGGCGGCCGAGACUGGUCUUGCGUAUCGCAAUAUGAUAAUUUGACACAAUGUUGUCGUAGUCGUGAAGUUUGCGAUAAAGCCAAAAUCGGCGCAAUUCACAAGUGCGAAUUUGGAGGAAAAUCAUACCACAUUGGUGAACGCAUUUAUCCAGAUGAUUUAUGCUAUGAAUGCCUUUGUGCCGAAGACUUUAACAGCAAAACUCCAAUUGCCGACAAUCCACAUUGCGCCAAAAUUGAUUGUGGCAUUGAGCUUAAACUUAAACAAUUACAAGAGGGAUGCAUUCCGGUUUACUAUAAAACACCCACAUGCUGUCCAAUUGAAUACAAGUGUCCCUCAAAAGACGAUGCCAUCGAAAGUUCAGCUGCCGAUGAAAAGUCAACCUGUAAAUUUGGUGAUCUUACAUUGAAGCAUGGCGAAAAAAUUAAAACUGAAGACAAAUGCUUGAAAUGCGAAUGCAAAACACCACCAUACAUUACAUGCAUCAAAACAGAUAGUUGUUAAUUUUUUCCAUAGUCAAUUUACUUAAACUACUAAAUAUAUUAGAAAAAAAGUAUUAAAAAAUGUUUGCAAACUUUACCGCA